UACUACCAGCCCCGACAAACACAAGUCUGUCGGUGUGGCUGCGGAAGACAACUGAACACAACCAGCACCGAGUGAUUAUUUCAGCCCACAGCUCCAAACUUAGCCAACAGUGUGUGUUUGAAACAUUUCCCGGUCCGUCGCUUCGUGUCUGCUCUCCUACCCAGCUGCUUUCUACACACUUUAACUCGCGCUGCUCAAAUUGUCGGCAGAACAAAUAACGGAGAGAACAUAUAAAGCGAGAAACGGACACGGUUCGGGUGAAAUGUAUGGAUGUUGUUUGUGUGUGUUUUGAGGAGGAGGGUGUUCAACACAGAGCUGUAGUUUCUCUUCAAGAGGCGAGGAAUGCAAUCUGAGCAUCAAUGUUUCACUGGGGCAAGUGGAAGAAGAGGAUGGGAGCCAAUAGUUCUUCAAAGAGGCCAGUUUUCGACGAAAAGGAGGAUGUAAACUUUGACCACUUCCAGAUAUUGCGUGCCAUUGGAAAGGGGAGCUUUGGGAAGGUAUGCAUUGUGCAAAAGAGGGACACUGAGAAGAUGUACGCCAUGAAGUAUAUGAACAAACAACAGUGCAUAGAGAGAGAUGAGGUCCGAAACGUCUUUAGAGAGCUUGAGAUCCUACAGGAAAUUGAACAUGUUUUUUUAGUAAAUCUCUGGUACUCGUUCCAGGAUGAGGAGGACAUGUUCAUGGUGGUGGACCUCCUGCUGGGAGGAGACCUGCGCUACCACCUGCAGCAGAACGUCCAGUUCAGCGAGGACGCUGUCAAACUCUACCUCUGUGAGAUGACGCUGGCGCUGGACUACCUGCAGAGCCAGCACAUCAUUCAUAGAGAUGUAAAGCCAGACAAUAUCCUAUUAGAUGAGCAAGGUCACGCUCACCUGACUGACUUCAACAUAGCAACAAUAAUAAAGGAUGGGGAGAGAGCCACAGCCUUAGCUGGAACCAAGCCCUACAUGGCCCCAGAGAUCUUCCAGUCUUUUGUAAGUGGAGGGACGGGCUACGCCUUUGAAGUAGACUGGUGGUCACUAGGGGUGACAAUCUUCGAAGUGCUGCGUGGAUGGAGGCCCUAUGAUAUUCAUGCCAGUAACUCAGUGGAGUCCUUGAUUCAGCUCUUCAGUACCGUCAGUGUCCAGUACAGCCCAGCCUGGCCCAAGGAUCUGGUUUCCCUUUUGAGGAAGCUACUCACAGUGAAUCCAGAGCAUCGUUUUUCCAGCCUGUCUGACAUGCAGACAUCUCCCUACCUCACUGACGUCAACUGGGAUGCUGUGUACGAGAAGAAGAUGGAGGCUGGAUUUGUUCCUAACAAAGGUCGCCUCCACUGCGACCCCACCUUUGAGCUGGAGGAGAUGAUCCUGGAGUCACGUCCCCUUCACAAGAAGAAAAAGAGGCUGGCUAAGAACCGGUCUCGAGACAACAGCAAGGAUUCACAGUCUGAGAACGACUACCUACAGGAGUGCCUUGAAGUGGUGCAGCAAGAGUUCAUGAUCUUCAACCGUGAGAAGUUGAAAAGGCGUCAGGAGGAGGGUCAGUCGGAGGCCGGGGGUGAUGAUGCCAGUGGUGACGGGGAUGGAGAGGCAGAAACUGGAGCCACCGACGACGACGCGCCCGAACCAGAGCCAGAACCCGACCCUGAGCCCGAGUCCUCCUCCAAACUGAGCAUGUGCGGCUCGGUGUGCUCUUCUCCCGGCAGCUGUUAGCGCCGCAUCGCCUCACAGUGACGAUGGCAGGUCUCUCUGGCCGCUGCAGUGUUUGUGCCAUGCCAAAAGAUGUGUUUCACCCCUCUCCUCUGUUGUAGCCCGGAGCGGAGGAAAUGCACAGCGGGGCGACUUGACGCACAGCAGGACCCAAAAUGGCUCCCACCACGUCCCCUCUCUGUUUUUGUUUUGUUUUAGUUGCAUCCUUCUGGUAAGGCAUGAAUGAAGCAGAUUCCCAGAGAGUCUCUGCCUACUGUACCCAUCCGCCCUAGAGUAAGCUCUAACUUCUAUGCAAUGUUACAGUAUAGCAUGACAAAUAAGGUAUCACUUACUAGGAGGUGUUGUUCUUACGCAGAAAGCUCCACGAGCAUGAUGACAUCCUGAGCAAUAGCAGUUCAUGGUUUUGGGGGGUUGGUGGUUUCGGUGGAGGUGGCCUCCCCUUUUCUCUCCUCCCUGUUCCAAAUCUGAUGGGGACGACUGAAUUAUUCAGCACACGCAGGCACUCAGUUUAUUUUAUUGCCUGUGUCUUCAGUUCACUCUCCCCCCAGCCUCUUUCAUGUGACGUGUGCCCUAAUUUGGAACGAUUGUUUCUGUUCUUCUCCUGGAGCGCCUUCCUCCUGUUGCAACACCUUUGUGAGAUACAUUUACAGUGUUGAUGGCUGUUUUCAGUCGGCCAGGACGGUGUGGCUGGUUUCAUGUUGUAAACCUGUUUAAAGUUGUUGCCUGUCGAUGAUAGUCAGUAUUUGUUUCAUCACAUUGUAGCCAUGAAUGCAUUAUAGGUCAGAAUGUCAGUCUGAUUUUCCUCUUUAAGUGUCAGCCUGCUAUUCUUUUUCCAAGCAUUUUUGGAAUGAUAAGGUACUGUAAUUUAUGGGAAAUCAGUACAGCAAUCAGAGGGAAAGGUUACGCUUGUCACUGUGUCCGUAAUGGUUACAAAGUUGUUGUAUUUUAGCCGUUCACCAUGCUCUGACUCAGAGAGCAUUCGGAAGUUCAGCUCUGGGGAAUAAAUGCCAAUCACCAACACUCUCAUCCUUUAAGAAUCUAUGAUAAAGCCCUUUUUGCUUCAGUAGACUUCAUCAUCUUGUUAAGUGCUUGGUUAAAGUAAAGAUCACCUCCCUGUAGAGCUUGGUUUGGGGCUGUGCUUAAAUGUGUAGCUGUGCCCUGUUGGUACUUCAAACUGUAUAGAUGAGCUAGUCUAUGACUGUCAUAGUGAUAGCCGUACAUUUUAGGUGGCACGUUCAUCUCAGAGUCAACACCUGGGAAUAUGUAGCAAAAGACCACCUUAAAACCCUAAGGCCUAACAACAUGAAACCAUGUAAAUAGCAUACAGUGUAGGUAAUUAAACUCACCACAGUUUUAUGUGGGACUGCGAACUCGACGUGUAAACUUAAGGAAAAGCCGCGUGAAGCUGCACACUGCUUCAUUCUGCUCUUCUUUCCAAGUGUGCAGGCACAACUUGUAGGCAGAAUAUGCCAAAGCUUUUCUACCAUUUGCAUAACCAUUUCUAAGGAACUUUGAGUAUGUGAAUGUAUGUCUCUUUCCCCCUGUAUAACAUAAAGUCAGUUCCUCUUGCAAGUGAAGAUGCUAUAAUUUAUACAAACAUAAUGUGAUUAUGUAUAAACUAUUUCAGAUAAGGGUUGGGGGGGACUUCAAUAAAUAGUAAAACGCUUUGGGAAAUACGCCUGUUUGCUGUCUUAAGAAUUGGAAAAAGAAGAUUAAUCCCACUCAUGUCUGUCUGUUAAGUAUGAAGCUGGAGCUGAAGCAGUUAGCUUAGCUUAGCACAGCGACCAGCAGCAGGGGCAACCUAGCUCUAAGCUAUGUGCCUUGUUCCCCCAUAGCUCUGUGUACAUAAUGUAUUCGAUUCAUUAACCCUGCAUUAACAUCCAAACCAAAAGUUCACAUCUUUCAACACACUUGAGGCAAAAUCCAAAUUGGAAAAAAAAAAAAAAAACCCACAAAGGCACACACAGUGAAUUUGGGGAUUUCCCCUUGAAGUCAUGAACAGAUGAAGAAAACAAUUAACUGUAAAACGACAAAUAGUUUUAAAUUGGUAAGAUCGAGGUGCACAGUUAGCUUCAGAGUCGACCACAGGAGACUUUGGAGGGACUGCCGGUUGCUAAUUUAUGCUGUUCUGGUUGUCUGGGCUGCGUGUAAUGUGAACUUUUCUGACAUUUUAAGAACUACAAUUAAGGAUGCCUUCAGUGACCUGUGCAUUCAUUUAUAAUGAGUUUAUAGCCGUCAUGGUUUCUGUAGUUGUGUUUUUAUUCUUAAAUACAAAGGUUACUGCGAAACAGACUGGCCAAAGAUAAAAGUAGGAAAAAAGUAGGACUUAGAUAUGUGUUUUCCAAGUAAUAUCAUUUCACAGUGUAGUGUUUUGUUUCUUUCUUUUUUUUAAGGAAACUCAUGAAAUACCAUGAACAAAUACGCAGCAAAUAAGGGUCUUUGUUCUAGCUUUGUACAAGUCAAAUAGCAGCUGUCAGUUCUCCUGUGCUUCUCAUUCAUUAUUAUUGAUUGCAGCUAGCUACAAAAAAGCUUAAAAAAAUCAGUCGCAUUCUUUAGCGUGUAAUGACGCGGAGUUGUUUUACUCCAGGUUUGGAGGCUUGUUCGACAUUGCAUCGCAUUAAGUUUCAGCACACUGCCUUCAACAACAGACUUUGGAAGACAACAUCCAUGUUUGAUUGUUUUUGCCAGAACUUUUAGUGGCAAAUUGAAUAUAUCAGAGUAUUUAGAGUAGUUUGACUUUGCCAGUCCAAAAUGCGAUGUUAACGUGAACAAUAUGGCCUUUACAUGGCUUUAAUGGAGCUGAAUUGCAAAAGUAACGAUUUAGUAAAGCAAUGUACUCACUCGAACUAAGCUAAUUGCCUCCCAGCUCUACCUGGAGGCCAGUGUUAUGCUGUCCACAUUACGUAUGGAUAGCGUCUAACCAAGUCCACAGGAAAUAAGACUGUUCAGCAGCAGUAUUCAUUUGUUAAAUACUGACAUUUCAACCUACUGCACAAGCAUGGAACAGAGUCCUCCAAGCAGACUAGAAAGUAAUAACAACAUGUCUGUGGUAUCCGUAGCCGUCUGUGUGCACGUCCACAAGGGAGCACGAUUAAGGCUUUAGGCUCGUGUUGUUCUUUCUGCAUCUGCAAGGAUCUAAGGACUCUAGCGAGUGUCUGCAUGAUGAAAUCUCAUCAUCAGAGACUGUACAGAUGUACAUGUACCUUCCAGUUCUUGUGACAGUCGAUGCUGCCACUACUCUACCAACUGUGUAUGUGCUGAAAUACAUAGAUGCUGAUCUAAAGCAUAUACAUGAAACAUCAUUUCAAGAGGACUAGAAAAGUAGCAUAAUAACAACAACUACAUAUCUGUGGUGUCUCCAGCUGUCCCUGUUAGCAUACACAGGAGAAUGUAACCAGAAACUGAACACACAGAUAUCAGAGUGGCGUCAAUCUUCUCACCUCAUUCCCAGGUAGAGAGUCAAUAAGUUUAUUUCCCAAAGAGUUGAACUAUUUCUUUAAACACUAUUCGUUAUGAUUAGACUAAGAAGCUUUGUUAAAGAGAUAUAAAGUGGCAUCUCCAAGUCUGCCAAAAUAUAUGAUGAAUUUAAUAGUCUUGAGCCCUGUGCUUUAUUUGCAUGUACCUUUACAGUAUAAGCCUGUUUUUGCCAAAGCCCGGAGCUUGAGCCUUACUGGCUGAUUUGUGCAUGCACAAGCUUUUGGUAAAUAGCAUACCUCGAUGCUCACCUGAUUAUUGACACAGUCCAAAAUCAGAGUAUACCUGGCCUGCGUGACUGUUUCUGGACAGUGAGUUUUGUGAACUUUAAACUGUACAAAUCCUAUAAUCCCAGUGUUACAUGGAUGGCAUGAUAUUUUUUAGAUGAUAUGCAGUACCUUUUGGCAUCCUGUAGGUUGUCUUAAUGCUUUGUUCAAGUAUACAGGCUCGUACCCUUGUGGAUGAGUGGAAUGAGGUCAGCAGCUGUAGUUGAUGCUCUGUUGUGGAUUAAGUGUUGCAUUAUUGUCUGUGCAGCAGUGGAAGAAUAUUUGGAACUGGGGCAGGUUUUCACUUCAGCCCAACGCAGAAUUUGCUGCAUUAUUUAAAAAAAACAAACCCUGAAUGUUUCCGUUUGUUAAAAAGAAAGCUUGGUUAAUUCUUAGGGUCAUUUAAUCAGUCGACACGGAAUCAGCAUAGGCCUGAAGUGUACGUGUAAUUAUAUGUUAAUCAUUUGUAAAUGGAUAAUGAUUGAUUUUCCUGGUUAAUUUAAGUGUAGCUUUUCUCUAAGUUACAAUACUAAUCUACACUUUUGGCAUUUGUUCCUUGAUAUUGGUGAUCAGUCCUUAUUGGACCAUGCUUGCAAACCCUCCUGACAUGUUUCUUUAUGUGUUAAUGUUCUGGAUGCCGUUAGGUGUGGCAUUGUGCUAGUGUUUGACCAGCAGCAGCAUGUCUCCUACUCAGCCGUUUUCUGAUUGAUGCUCUCGAGACGCAUCAUUCUGUAGGUGUCUUACUCUGUGGAUACAGUUUGAAACUCAGUGCCCUGUUGAGAAAACAAAUCGAGAAGACAAUGUGAUGUAUGCCACUCAUUUCCUCCUUGUGAUCCUAUUUUGCAUAAUGUUCUUGUGCUGCAGGAUUUUUACAGGGAAUCAGUGAUCGGCCUUGUUACUGUACCAACUGAAACUGCUCCGUGUGUUCAAAAACAUGCUGCUUUAACUGCUUUGAUAAAGAAAUAAAUCUCCUUCCAGUAA